AUGACAAUUCGCAGUCGAAUCAAACAAUCCUCUUCGGAGGAAGGUGAUAUGCAAGCCCCCGUUAGCGCGGACCCCGGCUUCAUCAUUGAAUGCGAUAGCUGCUUCACAAACCUGACCAGGUCUGUUCGAAUACGCUGUGCGGACCCGGUGUGCGAGAGCUCCAGCAUCGACAUCUGCGCAGACUGCUUUCGGCAAGGCAAGGAAUUUGGGAGACACAAGGCUGGUCAUCCAUACCGAGUCAUUGAGAAGCACUAUACACCCAUCUUUGAUGAGGACUGGACUGCCGACGAGGAGGUCAACUUGCUUGAUGGGCUCAUCAUGCACGGCAUGGGAAACUGGCUCGCAGUUGCAGAGUUCAUGGGCUCCAGGACGAAGAAGGACGUCGAGGAGCAUUACCUCAAAUAUUGGCGAGGUUCCAAGAACUGGCCGUUGCCGGAGGAACCCAUGGAAUUCGAGACGACCCAAGAGGAGAUGCUGAACAGGAAACGUGACCGUCUAAAGCGACUUACCAUCAACCCUCCUCUCCCCCCACCUCCUGUCCAAAACUCUGGCCCGACCUCUCACGAGAUUGCUGGUUUCAUGCCCGGGCGUCUGGAGUUUGAGCACGAACUGGACAACGAAGCCGAAGAUCUUGUCAAAGAUUUGGAGUUUGGCAUCGUGCGAGCAUAUGGUGGCGAUGAGCAGAUUCAAGAUCCCGCAGACGCCGCAAAACUUGCCGCCGCUGUCGAAGCGCGACGAGAAGCCGCCAAUGUCCUCUCACGAGCGACACCAAACGGUCAUAUGCACAGCUCGCCGGCGAGCGAUGUCAAAGAUGAAGACUUGAAGGACGAGCUUCCACAGAUACCCGACGCAGUGGAGACCAAAGAAAGCAUAGAAACCAAGCUCGCCCUGCUGCGAGCAUACUCUGCUCGAAUAGACAAACGAUUACAAGCAAAGACACUUAUAUUUCAACGAGGACUGUUGGAGUUCCGAAAGAUGCAAGCAGCCGACAAGCGACGAAGCAAGGAAGAGCGCGACUUCUUGACGAGAUUCAAAGUCUUUGCCAAAAUGCAGACCGCCCAGGACAAUGAAGACUUCUUAGAUGGGCUCAUGUACGAACAACUUUUGCGCAAACGAAUUACGGAGCUGCAAGAGUUACGCAGACUUGGGCUUACCAGCUUGGCAGAAGCAGAAACGUACGAGAAGGCGCGACAAUACCGGAAUGCCGAACGUGCGGAGAUUCUACAGCGCGGCCUCGUUCGUAACGGUGAUUCUCUGAAGCGUGCAGGCUCUGUGACGGACGAUCGCUUCAAGUCGACCGCACUGGCUCGCAGAGGUGGCCCUUUGACAUUUGGCACGUCUGCUUCUCUCAACUUGCUUUCGUCAGAGGAACAAGAGCUCUGUCGACAAAUCCGCGUCAACCCUCAAUCUUAUAUCGUCAUAAAAGCUACUAUCGUCCGAGAGAGCCAAAAAUACGGCAACGAACUCAGCCGCAAGCAGGCCCGAGACCUUCUCAAGUGCGAUGUCAAUAAAGCAGGCAAAGUUUGGGACUUCCUCGUCCGAAACGGAGUCAUCAAGGCGCCAAUGGAGCCUCCAGUCUCGGCCAUCAGCCUUCCAGAUGGCUUUCCUCAGCUCAAUGGGAUUGUCGGCAUAUCAGCGGUCAAUGGAAAUGGCGACGUUCAUAUGACAAACGGGCAUGUGUGA